AUGGCAACACUACAAACUCUUCAGUCUAAUGUUCUUGCUGAUAUUCUCUGGUUUCUACCACAGCAACUGCUUCUUAAUCUUGCUCUAACAAAUUUCCACUUCUACGAGCCAUGCUUGAAGCAACUCUACAGAAACAUAGUUGUUCAGAUAAACCCGCCAUUGCAGCCUCUGGCUGAUGCAGGGAAACGGAUGGGUCUUGGAUUCAUAGACCUGUCGAAGACCACUAUCUGCGGGUUUUCGCUGGUUUCCAAAUCUAGAGAUGCCCAUCUCAAGAUGCUUCAUGCUAAGCUACAGACAUUGGUAAUCUCUCUUCGGGUCAAUCCAAAAUUGGCAGAGUACAUCGAGACAAUCGAGACUCGAGGGGCUUUUCCGCCCGAAAUUGUGUCUGUUUUAGAGCAGUUUUUCAGCUUAUUGGCACUCAUUCCAAACUCAAUUUCGAAGAUCUAUAUUGGAGAGGCUACUCUUAGAACCCGCUUGGACUAUCAAUCGUGGAAUAGUUCGUUUGCUCUCACUUCUGUCACUAUUGACGAUUUGAGUCAGCUCGAUUCCCUAGGUACCCACUUUCCGUCGGUGAGAGAAGUAAUUGUUGCAGGAACUGGCAAGACUACAUCGCUUUCUCCAAGCGUUAUUCCAACGCUCAAGCAAUUGCAGCGCUUGUCCAUUAGGGACGAAUUGCUUGUGUACAGUGUAUUCACUGGUGCCCUUUGGGACCUAUACAAACAAUCCCCAUUCAUGCUAGAGAAACUUAGGACCUUCAACGUGGUGCAUGACCACGACAAUUGGACUCAUGGUUUUCCCUACAUCAACUUCAAUACGCUCGAAAACUUUCAGGUCUCUUUAGGUUGCAAUCAUUUCCACAGCUGCAACCAAGAAUGUUUGGAAUCUGGUCUCUUACGCUUUGAGUUUCUGUCUCUCAAGCGCUUGUCAAUCAUUCAGAAUACGCAAUACAAAUACAACAACCAUACUAAUACUGAAAAAUGGGAUCUUGUUGUAUUUUCUUUCAUUGAAACCAUUGUGGAGACUUCUGACACCCUCACGUACCUCAGCAUUAGACAUAAUGUUCCUCCUGACGGAAACAUAGACGAUGGUAUAGAUGGUCUAUACCUUCGUAAAGUCAAGUUGUAUACUCACAUUUUACCAGCAUUAUUGGCAAAUAUAAAGUCCCAUGUUGUGAACUUGGUACUUCCCAAUUUCAUGUCGAGUCUUGCCUGCUAUGAACAGGCAAUGAAUACCCUCAUGUGGAUUGGAUGCAAGUGCACACAUUGUCAAAAGUACUUGGAGCUUUUGGAUCAAUUUCUCUUGUAUCAUAGAUACUACAUCAGAGAUAAAGGGGUCUUCAAGGAUUUGCAAACCACACAGUUAAUAAGAUCUAUGAGCGAGGUGCUCUCGGACCGAAUGGAGUACGAUCAUAACUUGGGUGAUUUGUUCCAGCUCUUUCAACCCAUGCAAAACACCACUUGGAAUUUCCACGACAAUAAGUUUAGUAUACCCUUCAGAUGUUUACCCGCCAAGACGUAUGAGAUUGAUGAAAUGGAGGAUGAGCUGCAAGAGGCAUCCGAGGAGAAAGAAAAGUACUUUGACGCAGUUGAAACCCCCAAUGAUUGUGUUUUUUUGCAUCGCGAGAAGUUUACACCAAACUACACAACAGUCAUUGCACAUUUCAUCGAUGAGUUGGUCCGCAAAAUGGUCCACUUGAACCGAGGAAAUGCUGAAGAUGUCGAUAUGGCAUUGAAAGGAGAAAUUUACGAUGCCUACAGUGAGAUGAGGAUCAACAAAAUCGUCAUCAAUGGAAUGGACUACAACUUUGACCAUGAGCUAAAUGGUACCAUCUUCUUCACAAACUCUUAUGAUACCUACGACCCUUAA